UUUAUUUUUAUACUCCUAGUCUCUUGGAUGUUAUCAAAGAUUUCAGUAGUUUUUUAUAUUCAAAAGAAAUCGGUUCGUGUUUGAUCAGCAGUAAAGGCCAGACAACCAGGAUUUUACGAAUAUUUUUACCCGAAAUGGAUAAGACGUCAGCCAGUGUGGUGUAUGCCAAUCCCUUUCACGCUCAAAAUUGCUCCGGCGAUCAGCAGCUGGAGCCACAGCCACAUCCACAUCCUUAUCCACAUCAUCAUCAUCAUCAUCAGCAGCAGCUCUUCCACUCCAACUACACGGUCACAUCCUCUUCCGUUUCGGUUUCCGUUUCCGGGGUCGGAUCUAACCUCAAUGCCCAGCAGAGUCCCCGUGCUGCGUACAGUGAUCUCUACCGCUUCGAGGACGGUGGCGGCGAUGCCUGCGGAUCCCUGCUCGUGGACGCCGACCACUUCUGCGAUGGGGAGGAGUCCCAACUGGCGGUCAGCCCCUCCUCCUCCACCGAAGCCAGUGCUUCACCGGACAACUCGGGGGACUCGCUCAACUUGGAUCCCGAACUGGUCAACGAUCUGCAGCUGAAUCUGGCUGGAGUGCUGGAGCAGGAGGACCUGGCCGAACGGGGACAUCACCUGGACGAUCUGACCGAGGAGGGAGCCAUGGAGCAGAACGAGUCCUACCGUUCCGGGAGCUCACCCUACAUGGUAUUUCCACGCACCGCAGCCACUUUCGUACCCCGAAUCUCGCUUCCCCCGCACUGUCCCUACUUGAAUGUGGGUCAGGAGCAGUACAUCAUCCAGCCGGACACGAUCUUCGUGCUGGGCAUGCGACUCAACGUGACCAAGAACGACAUCAUCACGUACUUCGGGAAGCUGGGAGUGAUCAAGAUGGACGAGGCAACGAACAAGCCGAAGAUCUUCGUCUACAAGAACAAGAUGACGGGUCGUUCGAAGGGCGAGGCGACCAUCACCUAUGUGGAUCCCUUCUCCGCCCAGGCGGCCAUCAAUUGCCUGGGCGGAGCCAAGUUCAUGGGACAAACGCUGAGUGUCCUGCCCGCCUACUUGUCCACUCGGAGGGGCAGUGUGCGGUACAGCUAUCCGCGGGAUCUGAGCACCGCCGAUCAGCAGCGUCGCCAGCGGGCGCAGAAAUGGAAGCCGGCGGUGGACAACUGGGUGUGCAUGCUCUGCCGGAACAGCAACUUCGUCUGGCGCUCCCACUGCAACAGGUGUCAGGCCAGCAAGCUGAUUGCCGUUCGCAAUCCGGCGGAAGGAUCGCCGGGAGCAACUAGCGUCCAUCGCUUUCAGCCGCACAAGGACGAUUGGCCCUGCGCCUUCUGUCUGAAUCUGAACUUUUGGUAUCGCGUCAAGUGCAACCGAUGCCACGCCCCGCGGGACGAGGAGCCGCCCAGCUCGGACUCGGAUCAGGAUCCCUGGGAACUGGUGGUCAAUCCGCCCUGCGACGAUUAGAAGCGCCUCGUCCGAGUUUAUCGUCCCAUCCAUCAAGCCGCAUCCUGUUUGUGUCCGUAUGCGUACCCGUUGCCCGUUUGUGUGUCCAUGCCUGUUUACGUACGUGUCUGUUGACUUUUCACUGUCCUGUAUCCUGCAUCCAGCAUUCUGUAUCCCGCAUACUGCAUCUUGCAUCCAGCAUCCCGCAUCCAACUCCUCUUCCCUUACAAAUUUCAAGUGAAUCGAUUCCCAACCGACCGAUGAGCUACGAAUCUCAUCCACCAAAACCAAACCAAAACCCAAAAAAAAAAAAAAACAGAAAAAAAAAGGAAAUGCAAGCUGAAAGAGCCCCAAAAUUCCCGUUAAUGUCUGUCCUGGAAUAGCAUUUUGAAGCCAUAGUUUAUCCCCGCCGAAGGAGCCUCUGCCCGAUGACCACCGAGAUUGUGGGACAAUGCAGCUUGCUGAAUGGUAAUCCACUUAAUCCGGGCAACUGAAUACUUUGCCCAGGCACAAAAGGCAACCGGACCCACCUGGCGAGCUCUAAACGUUUAAUGAAUUUAUUUACCUGCCCGACGCCCGCAGUCAGUGGCUCAUUGGCUCUCCGAACUCCCCCUCCCCACCUCCCUCCCUCCCUCCCUGCACUGAAAAUCGAAGUAUAUGUUCGUGUAAAGUCCAAAUUGUUUAAUAAAAUUUGCCUUCUUUUCAAAUGUUGUAUUAAGUUUGUUAAAGAAAAAGUUUAGGAAUAUUAUAAUUGGCAUUUAUUUACAAAAAUAUUAAUAUAGAAAUUGUGCAACGCU